UUGGACAGUUGGACACCAUCCCCACUCUUUCUACAGUCUACAUAUACAUGCAGUCGCCAUAUAUUUAUGCAACUUCACUUACACUUACACUUAUACUUACUUCAAUCUUGAAUCACUAAUUAACUCCUUCACACCACUUCCUUGUUCCUACCAUCACUCACAUUUUGCUAUUCCAAAUGGAAUACGGCAGGCUCGGAGCACCCGAACCUACCAGCGGAGGCUCCUCAACUCGUAGCCUAACCCCUGACCCCACCCGCGCCCCCAAAAAAUCCAGAAUCAAGCUCCUCCUCCUCCUCGCCGCCACGCUUCUUGCGGCUUCCGCAGUCGCCGCCUCCCUCGUCGUCCUCGUCGUCCGCAACAGAGUCGACGACUCCGGCGGCGCCUCCGCACUCCAUGCCCGCCGCCCCUCCAAGGCCAUCUCCUACGCCUGCGGCAGGACUCGCUACCCGACUCUCUGCGUCAACUCGCUCCUCGACUUCCCCGGCGCCGCCUCCGCCUCCGCCAAGGACCUCGUCCACAUUUCCGUCAACAUGACUCUCCGCAAAUUCGGCCGCGCGCUCUACUCCGUCGCCGAGAUCAGCAACCUCAAAAUGGAUCCCCGCGUCAGAUCAGCAUACGACGACUGCCUCGAGCUUCUAGACGAUUCGGUGGAUCUCCUCGCGCGAUCGCUCACCACCGUCGCGCCGGCUGGAAGCAGCGGAGGUGGAUCGACGCAGGAUGUGCUGACGUGGCUGAGCGCGUCGUUGACGAACCAGGACACCUGCACUGACGGUUUCUCUGAGCUGAGCGGCUACGUGAAGAAUCAGAUGACGGAUCGGUUGAAGGAUUUGUCGGAGCUCGUGAGCAAUUGCCUCGCGAUAUACGCUGCGGCCGCGGGAGACGAGGAUUUCUCCGGCAUUCCGAUACAGAACCGGCGGAGGCGGCUGCUCGGCGGCGAGAAGGCGCACAAGCAUUUUCCGGCGUGGCUGUCGCGGAGGGACAGGCAGCUGCUGGACUUGCCGGUGACGGCGAUUAACGCCGAUAUUGUCGUUUCUCACGACGGCAACGGCACAUACAAGACGAUCACGGAGGCGAUCAAGAAGGCGCCGGAAUACAGUAGUCGCCGAUUUAUCAUCUACGUGAGGGCAGGAAGGUAUGAGGAGACUAUAUUAAAGGUGGGGAGAAAGAAGACAAACAUAAUGUUCAUCGGGGACGGUAAGGGCAAGACGGUCAUUUCAACUGGGAAGAGCAUCCAAGAUAAUAUGACAACAUUCCACACCGCCGGAUUUGCUGCAACUGGUACUGGAUUCAUUGCAAGGGAUAUAUCAUUUGAGAACUGGGCAGGGCCAAGCAAGCACCAGGCCGUGGCCCUCCGUGUAGGGGCGGACCAUGCCGUCAUCUACAGGUGCAACGUCAUUGGCUACCAAGACACACUCUACGCCCACUCGCAGCGCCAGUUCUACCGGGAGUGCGACAUCUACGGGACCGUUGACUUCAUCUUUGGCAACGCUGCCGUCGUGUUCCAGAACUGCAGCAUCCACGCCCGGAAGCCAUUGCCGGGCCAGAAGAAUACCAUCACGGCCCAAAACCGCAAGGACCCUAAUCAGAACACGGGCAUCUCAAUCCAUGCCUGCCGGAUCAUAGCGGAGCCCGACUUGGAGGCAGCGAAGGGCGCCUACCCGACUUACCUAGGGAGGCCGUGGAAGCUGUACUCACGGACGGUGUACUUGCAGUCCUACUUUGGGGACCACAUCCACCCAAGGGGGUGGUUGGAGUGGAAUGCAACAUUUGCACUAGACACAUUGUACUAUGGGGAGUACAUGAACUACGGCCCCGGGGGCGCGAUCGGGCAGCGCGUGAAAUGGCCAGGUUAUCGUGUGAUAACUGCAGUGGAGGAGGCGAGCAAGUUCACGGUGGCGCAGUUCAUCUACGGAUCGUCGUGGCUGCCUUCCACCGGGGUGGCGUUCUUGGCCGGCCUAUCAACUUGAAUAAUAUUAAUGAUAAUGAAAAUAAUAUUUGUGUAGUAACAAGGAAAAUAUUUGCCUUGAAAAUAGGCUCUGAUUUCUUGAUAUGGUAUAUAGUAAUCUUUUAUUUUCUUUUU